CUGACGAAAUUGGCAGAUAGGCAAAAGCGGGAGCGAGCACAGACGGGAACGUCAGGGAAAAGUGGAACAAGGCGGAGAAAGUGUGUAGUUAGUGCGGAUACCUUGCUAGAAGUGUUGUAACUGAUGACGGUGUAGUGUCGACAGGGAGGUCGAGGCGAAAAGACAAGACGAAAAGUUUAUGGAAUUAUACCCUCUUCACAAUUGCUUACUUUGACAAAACAAGGAUUAUUACGGCCAGAAGACAAGCUGUACGGUGGGCCAUGCAGAGCCAGCCUGUGUGCCUGCAACGGUGAGCUCCAGCACCAGCCAACGUUUUCACCGUGAUGGCAGCAGAGCGGGAUGGGCGGGGGUGUGAGCUGCCCAUCGCCCCGGGCCAGGUGUACAUCGAGGUGGAGUAUGACUACAAUUACAAGUCCAAGGAGCGCCAGGUCUCCAUCCACCAGGGAGAGUGUUACAUGCUGGUGAAAAAGACCAACGGGGACUGGUGGCAGGUCAAGAAGGAGGAGGGGGCCAAGGCAUUCUAUGUCCCAGCGCAGUACGUCAGGGAGGUCCGCAAGGCCCUCAUGCCGCCUCCCAAGCCCCUUCACCUGGGUCAUCACCGUGGGGGGAGCGGGGGGAACCCGGUGCGGGUCAAGCCCAUCGUCCUGGACAUGGGCAGAUCUAACGAGAGCCUGAAUGUGACCAGUUUCAGUCGGCCCUCUCCCUCCUCACCCUCUCCCUCUUCCUCGUCGGGGGCAGCCCUCACCCCUCCGAGGCAGCACAGGGAUGCCAACCAGAACCCUGGUAGAGACCCUGGCAGCCCCACCGACCACGACAGGGCCUUGGUAGAUGUCCUCCAAAACACCCACCCUCACGUUCCUGGACGGGGAUGUAACACGCUGCCCCGUGCCCGUGCAACCUCCCCUGAGCUCCGCAGGGCACCCCUGGACGUGGACAUGCCUCCGGGGCCCUGUGACUCGGAGGGGUCGGAGAGACGCAACGACUCAGAGUCUGGAGAUGAGCUGAGCAGCGGUUCAAGUGAACACUUGCAGACUGUCUCUCUGCCGGGUCAGGGUGGUCGUCCUGAGUCUCCUGUCUACACUAACCUGCAGGAGCUGAAGAUCUCUGGGACCAGCCUGCCCCCCGACCCCUCCAGCUCCCCACAGCAUGUCCUGGGGGACUGGGAGACACACAAGGACCAGAGCGGCAGACACUACUACUACAACCGUUCCACCCAGGAGAGGACAUGGAAACCUCCGCGAGUCAGAGACGCCAGUAGUGGCAGCAGCAGCCGGGGGGAAUCCCACAGCAACAGCACUGGGGAGACGGAGACGACUCCGCCGCUCUCUCUCUCCCCGUCCUUCCUUCCUCCCCUCUCGCUGUCCAUUGGUCGGUUCCAGCCUCUGUUGUUGGAGGACAACUGCCACAGCACGUAUUCUAGCCAAUUAGACAGCCAGUACGGCUACCCGCCCCGGGGUUGGUCAGAAGAGCUGGAUGAGCAUGGACACACUCUGUAUGUCAGUGAUUAUACUAAUGAGAAGUGGAUAAAGCAUGUGGAUGAACAGGGCAGAGCCUACUACUACAGUGCUGAUGGCUCCAGGUCAGAGUGGGAGCUGCCCAAGUACCAACACUCCCCCCCUCUACCUGGUAGAGGAGACCGGACCCCUAAGAGCCACAGUCUGGAUAGGAAACACGUGGCGCCCAUCGUCCUGACCAAGUGGGCAAACAGCACCAACGUGCUGGACACCAACGACAAGCGGCUCAUCAAAAACAUCAGGCGUUUCCGUACAGGCUCUGGUCGCCCCCACCCCUACAGACAGACACAAGACGGUGCGUUGGGCCCCAAGGUCCCUGGCUCUCCAGACUCUGACUCCUCAGACCCCUCGUCCCCCAAGCCCCCUACCUCCCCUUCGGAGAAGUGUGGAAUUCUCAACGUGACCAAGAUCACUGAGCAUGGAAAGAAAGUAAGGAAGAACUGGACGUCGUCCUGGACGGUUCUCCAGGGCUCCUUGCUGAUAUUCGCUAAAGGCCAGGGGGGUGGGACCAGCUGGUUUGGAGGAAGCCAGUCUAAACCAGAGUUCACUGUGGACCUGAGAGGAGGAUCUAUAGAAUGGGCUUCCAAGGACAAGUCCAGCAAGAAGCAUGUCAUUGAGGUGAAAACCCAUCAGAGUACAGAGCUGCUGAUCCAGUCAGAGAACGACGGUGUCAUCAAUGACUGGUACAGGGCACUGAUGGACACCAUCAGCACACACGCCUGGGAGUCAGAUGAGGCCAUAGAGGAGGACAUGCCAGAGUCUCCUGGAGCGGAGAAACAAGACAAGGAGAAAGAGCACAGAGACUCUAAGAAGAGCCGAGCCAUGAAGAGUUCCACCAGUAUGGACGCCUCGGACAACAAGAAGACCAGAAUCAAGCUGAAGAAGUUCCUGACACGCAGACCCACUCUGCAGACAGUCAGAGACAAGGGCUACAUCAAAGACCAGGUGUUUGGCUGCAGUCUGAGUGACCUCUGUCAGAGAGAGAACACGUCCGUGCCAAGCUUUGUCACGAUGUGCAUCGACCACGUGGAAAACAACGCUCUGAAUGUGGACGGGCUGUACAGAGUGAGUGGGAACCUGGCUGUCAUCCAGAAACUACGUUUCGCUGUCAAUCAUGAUGAGAAGGUGAACCUGGAGGAAGGGAAGUGGGAGGAUAUCCAUGUGAUUACAGGAGCGUUGAAGAUGUUCUUCAGAGAGCUGCCUGAACCCCUCUUCACAUAUGGAUUAUUCCAUGACUUUGUCAACUCCAUCAAGAUCCCAGACUACAAGCAGCGUGUCCAGGCCAUCAAGGAGCGGGUCAGACAGCUGCCAAAACCCAACCAGGACACGAUGCAGGUCCUCUUCAAACACCUCAGGAGGGUGAUUGACCACGGCGAGGAGAACCGUAUGACGACCCAGAGCGUGGCCAUAGUGUUCGGCCCCACCCUCCUCAGACCCGAGACAGAGACGUGGAACAUGGCGGUCCACAUGGUCUAUCAGAACCAGAUAGUAGAUCUCAUCCUGCUGGAGUACGAGGGCAUCUUUAGGUAGACACCAGAGGGGUGACCUUUUCCCUAAGUACAGGUCUAGGAUCAGUUUCCCUUCCCACCCAAUCAUAACCUUAACCAUUAGUGGAAGAGGUGCUAAACUGACCCAAGAUCAGCGUCUAGGUGCAACUUCACCCUACACUGGUAGAGACGGGAGGUGAUGUUCACUUGGAACGACACGCUAACGGGACGAAACGGAGAGGGACUACGUGAACUUGUCCAAUAAGAAACACUUGUUUUUGUCUUCCGUUGUCAAAUGCGUCGUAACGUUGUGCUGUAAUGACUCCAACCCAGGCCUCCUCUCUGAACACCAUCACCACCAUGACUAUGCAGAGCUCUCAACCCAACCCAGGAGAGACCUGUCCAACUCACCCCCCUCUAGCCCGAAGUCAUUCACGCCUCAGAAUCCGUCUCCCACCAACCAAACCUGUAAGACAAGGACUUAUUAUACACAACUAAUAAACCCAAGUUGAGACUCUUAGCAGCAAACAUGGAAGAUGCCUCUCCCUCCUGCUCUUCUCUCAGCCAACAUGGAAGAUGCUUCCCCCCCCUGCUCCUCUCUCAGCCAACAUGGAAGAUGCUUCCCCCUCCUGCUCCUCUCUCAGCCAACAUGGAAGAUGCUUCCCCCUCCUGCUCCUCUCUCAGCCAACAUAGAAGAUGCUUCCCCCUCCUGCUCCUCUCUCAGCCAACAUGGAAGAUGCUUCCCCCUCCUGCUCCUCUCUCAGCCAACAUGGAAGAUGCUUCUCCCUCCUGCUCCUCUCUCAGCCAACAUGGAAGAUGCUUCUCCCUCCUGCUCCUCUCUCAGCCAACAUGGAAGAUGCUUCUCCCUCCUGCUCCUCUCUCAGCCAACAUGGAAGAUGCUUCCCCCUCCUGCUCCUCUCUCAGCCAACAUGGAAGAUGCUUGCCCCCCCCUGCUCCUCUCUCAGCCAACAUGGAAGAUGCUUCCCCCUCCUGCUCCUCUCUCAGCAAACAUAGAAGAUGCUUCCCCCUCCUGCUCCUCUCUCAGCAAACAUGGAAGAUGCUUCCCCCUCCUGCUCCUCUCUCAGCCAACAUAGAAGAUGCUCCCCCCUCCUGCUCCUCUCUCAGCCAACAUGGAAAAUGCUUCUCCCUCCUGCUCCUCUCUCAGCCAACAUGGAAGAUGCUUCCCCCUCCUGCUCCUCUCUCAGCCAACAUGGAAGAUGCUUCUCCCUCCUGCUCCUCUCUCAGCAAACAUGGAAGAUGCUUCUCCCUCCUGCUCUUCUCUCCAUGGCUGCUUUUGUGGGACUUUCUGCAAAAGCCAACAUCCAAUCCUGAUUGUCCAUUCACUGGAUUACUAUGGCCAUCAUAAAUGAUCCCUCUCCUCUAAAGUACAGACUCUCUCUCCUCUGUGAAGCGGUUCGUUCUACACACUGGCUGUGUCUUACGUGGCUCACUAUUCACUAUAAAGUGUACUUCUUCUGGCCAAAGGUAGUGCACUAUAUAGGGAAUAGGGUUCCAUUUGGGACACACACACUGACUCAUGGUUUUACUUCAGCCAUCUUAACAAAACUAUUCUGCUUCUCUGGUUUUCAGAAGAAAUCUUCUAUCAGUCAGAUUUCAACUUGAAAAUACAGAACUGGUCCUCUGACUGGUGGUGAAUAAGGCAACCAUUAAUAAAUGAAAGUUCUGUUGAAUAAUAUGUACAGCUGUAGUGUGUUGUGUCAAAUGACACCCUAUUCCCUUUGUAGUGCACUACUUUUAACCAGAGCUCUGAUCAAAGGUAGUGCACUAUAAAGGAAAUGAACAGGGUUGUGUGUGUGUGUGUGUGUGUGUGUACGGGGGAUUGACUGACUGGAAAUAUGUUGUAUAGAUGUUUGAUAGUAAUUAUGUUUAUCUUGACGGUGAGCGUUAGAAACUUGGGGAGGCAAUCACUAACGUGUUACGAUUUGUUCCAUAACGUAGACUGAUUGUGUAAAAAAAUAAUAAUCAUUUAGGAUUGAAAAAUUCCAGUAACUUAACUGAAAUUCUCAGGUUUUUCCCUUAAUCCCUGUUGGGAGGAUUCCCUGGAUAUUCUGCAUAUUCACUCCUGAUCCAGGGAAAAUUCCAACCAGGGUUUAUGGAAAACCUGGGGAAUUUUGGGAAAGUUACUGUAAUUUUGCAACACUAGAACUACUUACUAUCUGACCUGGGUUGUGGAAGUUUACCUGAGUUGUGGGUAAAUGACACUUUUUGAAUGUAAUUAUUUUCCAAACUAACUGCUGUUCAUGACUUCUUGUCUAACUGGAAUAAAGGCCUCCAUUGAGAACCUCUAAAA